GACCGGUUGGCAGAAAGCUGACCUCCUACGAGGGCAGGGCACCAAAGGGAAUCCUUAUGUGGGAGGUACAGCUGAAUGGCUGGCAGUGGCCAUUUUGUGGCCACAGGCAUGCCCCGGAGUAACCUGCAUCCCGUGGGGUGGACAGGGACUCAAAUCGGUCUCGGGAUUCCUGCAGUCCCGGACACCAGCUUGAAAUUCAGUUCGGAUGGGUCUCUGGUCUGAACCGAAACUCAGUUCCAGUUGAGUCAGCCUCAGUGAGGGCGGGGCGGUCACCACGGCGACGCCAAUCCUGGGCCACGCCUGCCGGUGGGUGUCGAAGAGUCCUGGAUCCCCAGACUCUUCGAAGCGGAAGUGCUCGCUCCAGUCAUGUUUCGUGGUGCUCUCUGGUUGCUGCUGCUACUGUCGCUGCGCCCCCCGGGAGCUCAGGGCCACCGCGAUGCCACGAGCCCGGGGCAGGAGGCCGACGAGGCCGACCCUUGGCCGAGCGUCCAACGCCUGCAGGAGCAGCUGAGGACGGCCGGGACCCUCUCCAAACGGUACUGGGCGCUCCUCAGCUGCACCUUGUGGCCGGAUCACUGUGAAGACCAGGAGACUCCCGUGCCACCUCUAGGCUGGAGCCUUCCUCUUUGGGGCCGACGGUCGCUGGAUAUGCUCGCUGCAUGGUUCUGCCGCUUUCAGGACUGCUGCGGCGGCCGAGGUUGCAGGAUCUCCAACAACUUGACAGGCUUAGAAUCAGACUUGCGUGUGCGACUGCACGGCCAGCAUCUCGCUAGCAAGCUGGUCCUAAGAGCAGUGAAGGGCUACUUAGAGAUGCCCCACGUGGGCAAGGCCCUGGCUCUGUCAUUCCACGGCUGGUCCGGCACAGGCAAGAACUUCGUGGCACGGAUGCUGGUGGACAACCUGUAUCGGGACGGAAUGAGGAGUGACUGUGUCAAGAUGUUUAUUUCCACCUUCCAUUUCCCACACUCCAAGCAGCUAGACAUGUACAAGGAAGAGUUGCAGAGGCAGAUGCAGGAGACACAGCGGCGCUGCCACCAGAGCACGUUCAUCUUUGACGAAGCGGAGAAGCUGCACCCGGGGCUGCUGGAGCUGCUUGAACCCUACCUGGAGCCGAGGAGCCCCGGGGCCCAGGGAGCCGAGGCGCCGCGAGCCAUCUUCCUCUUUCUCAGUAACCUUGGGGGCAGUGUCAUCAAUGAGGCAGUCCUGAGUUUGUUGAAGGCUGGAUGGUCCAGGGAGGAAAUUACGAUGCAGCACUUGGAGAUGCCCCUCCAGACUGAGAUCAUGGAGUCUGCAGACAGCAGCUUUGGUUCCAGCCGUCUCCUGAAGGAACACCUCAUUGACCUCUUUAUACCCUUCCUGCCACUGGAGUACCGCCAUGUGAGGCUGUGUGUCCGAGAUGCCUUCCUGGGACAGAAUCUCCCAUACACAGAAGAGGCCCUGGAUGAAAUCGCCAAGAUGAUGACAUACGUGCCUGAGGAAGAGCGACUUUUCUCCUCUCAGGGCUGCAAAUCCAUUUCCCAGAGAAUCAACCUCUUCCUGCCUUGAAAGUGACUCCUGUGCACCCUAAAUAAUCUUUCUCUUCUAGAGACACCCAUCUGCCAGGUAGCCUGGUGUCCAGCAAUCACUGCUUUCAGUUAGUGUGCAGAAGGCAGUUUCUAAAAACCACCUGGUGCCUUAAAAACCUACAUUCUAGAUGAUCUAGACUGAGGGUCAGGAAGUCAGGAGGCCAGUGGAAAGUCUAAGUACCAAAGGGUCCUUAGAACUCUCCCUUCGAUCUCUUGGCACCAAAGUUCUUCCUGGAAGGCAGCAGGAGUUGAGUAUGAGCCUGAGGCUCCAGGAUCUUUGGGCUAUGGAACAUGGAAGAUGUGUGGACUAGCAGGAGCGUGGCCCUGGUCUGUAGGUUUGGCUGGCUUUCUGAGGAGGGGGAGAGGGACAGCUUCUGCAUUUGAGCAGACCAGCAAAGGGCCUUAGGCUAAAGGAAAAACCACAUGCUUUCAAACCAUGACAUGGGUGUGGCACACACCUGUGACCUAGCACUUAGUGGGCUAAUGCAGGAGAGGGAGCUAAAGAAACCCGAGCUGGGCUUGACAGACAAAACCACAGGUGGAUAGAGAGCUAAGGCUUGUUCUGUUCGACACACUGAAAAUUUCUUAAGAGGCCUCAUCAUGUGUAAUUAAAGUUUGUAUUUUUCUAACA